CUCUCUGCUGCUGACAGGAACACGAUGCUGCUGCUGUCGACAGCAACGACGACGAGGAGGAUGAGGAUGAAGAGGAGGAUGAUGCUGAUGAUGUGACACCGCGGCCGACCAAUCAGCACGCGGCCAGGGAGUGGAGGGGGGGCGUAUCCAGAGGAAGAGCUCAGAGCUGAUCGAUGCUGAGAGGAGAGAGGAGGAAGACGGGGAUGAGAGGGAGGCAGAGGAGGGUGGGGGAGGCCUAGUCCGAGCCGAGGAGGUUUCAUAAAGGAGGAGGAGAAGAAGAAGAGGAGGAAGAGGAGGAGGUGGUGGAGGAGGAGGAGGAGGAGGAGGGAGGAAGCUGUCGCCUGUCAGAGGGGCAUCAACCUGAGCUGUCAUGGAUAAAUAUCGACCAAAGAGACCCACCACCCUGGCUCUGUUCCCCCAGCUGCCACAAGCCGGCACCCAGGACUCCAUCAACAACAACUCUUUAGGCAAGAAGGACAGCUGGAAGGACUCCCACUCUUCCUCCCCACACAUCACAGGGGCUCUAACACCUCCGGAUGUCCAACCAAAGGCCGAGGACAAAGUCCGGCCGGCCUCUCAGCGCCGACCGGCACCAAAACCCCCCACGGCCAACGGAUCCAGAUCCAACGGUCCGGCCGCCGCCACUGCAGAAGCACGAGCUCGACCACGAGAGCGACCGGCGUCCGGGGCGACGCAGACCUCCAGCACCCCGAGGACUCAACGUAGAGCUGCAGCAGGAGGAGGAGGAGGAGGAAGAGGAGGAGGAAGAGGAGCCACGGCGAUGAGAGAGAGGAGUCUGGUGGACGUCAGAGGGAAGGACGGACCGGCGGAGAGACGAGGAGGACGGCUGUGUGAUGAGGCCAAGUCCAGGGACAGGAAUGGACACCAGAGACCCAGAGAGGCCAGCGGACUAAAGGCCAGGGCGGCCGAUGGACGAGGGAAGGGAGGCGCUAAGGGAGGCAACAGAGCAGCGGGCAACAAGCUGAACAACGUGCUGAGCAACCAGGAGGUCUACCUGCCUGCCAUGGUGGUCCCACGCACACCUGUAGCACCGAGGAACCAGGACAAGAACCAAGACCAAGGCCAAAACCAUGACAGGACCCAGGAGAAGCCCCCGGCUCUGUCCCGGUCCAGCAGUGAGGGGGGGUCCAACAGGAUGUCUCUGAGCUCCGACACCGAGGGCCCCCCCCCAGGACCUCUACAUCCAUCCCUGUCCCACCGAACCAACCCAGACAUCAGCGAGGAGGACGGGGAGGGAGACCCGACUCCCUGCCUGAACGUCCAGAAUGGUCCGACCCUCGCAGGUGGCAACCAAACAGACACAGACUGUACCAAGUCAGAGGUGAAAGGGGAGACGGGUGACGGUAGCGCUGUGGUGGACUGUGUGGCUGCUCGGACUGUACCAAAGAGCGAAGCUGCAGCCGGGUUGAACUACGACUCGGUUAAAUACACGCUGGUGGUGGACGAACACGCUAAGCUGGAGCUGGUCAAACUCAAAGACUGUUUCCACGGUUACAACGAGCACAACGAAGACAGCGACACCGAGACCGUCUACCAGUCGGCCAAUGAGGAGGAAGAUCCAGAGUACAAGGAGGAGAGGAACAGGAGCGAGGAGGCCAAGAAGCAAGAGAGGAGGAAAGAGGAGGAGAAGCGACGAAAGGAGGAAGAGGAGGCGAAGAAGAGGAGGGAGGAGGAUAUAAAGAGGAGGCGGGAGGAGGAGGUGAAGAGGAGGAGGGAGGUUGUAGCUAGAAUCUGCAAACAGUCCAAGGUGACGUCGACCACGACUUCAGAGGAAGAUGAAUCUAACGGAGGAAGAGGUGGAGCUCCCAGAAGCAGGAAGUUCCUCAACCUGUUCGCCAACAACAACAGCAGUAAUUACAGCGCCACUGGUGCCGGUUCCUUCGGUAUGUUCUCCUGUGUUCUGGACGGUGUGGAGAGGCAGCAGAGCCACAGAGCCGUCUACAGGUUCGUCCCCCGUCACGCCGAUGAGCUCUACCUGGAGACAGACGACCCGGUCCUGAUGCUGACCCAGUCUGAGGACCUGUGGUGUCAGGGCUACAACAUGAGGACCGGAGCCACCGGCAUCUUCCCCGCCUUCUACGCCGUCAGGGUGCCCAAAGAGAUGAACCAGGUCCAGGCAGACGGAUGGACGGACAAGUUCAUGGUCAGAUUUCUGGGUUCAGUUCAGGUUCCCAUCCACACUGGCAAUGACGUGCUGAGCGCUGCCAUGCAGAAGGUAGCUUGUAACAGGCGAUCUGCAGGUCAGCCUCCGUCAGCUUGUGUUCUGGAAGUCAGCGUUAAAGGAGUGAAGAUCAGCGUCCAGGAUCAGUGUCAUUCUGCUCACAGGGGCGAACAGUGUUUCCAUUUCUUCCAGCUGAAGAACAUCUCAUUCUGCGGCUGUCAUCCUAAACACAGCAAGUAUUUCGGUUUCAUCACCAAACAUCCCGACCAGCAGCGCUUCGCCUGCCACGUGUUGAUGUCAGAAACAACAUUACAUCCUCUGGCUGAGUCUGUGGGGAGGGCGUUCCAGCAGUUCUACAAGGAGCACAUCGGCUACUCGUGUCCCACCGAAGACAUCUUCAUCGAGUGACGUCCUCACCGUGAACCUCACUACGUGCAUGUAAGCCUGGUCUUACACCGACUGGACCACCGAUAUAUCUCCUCUGCAUGGUGGAUUCUUUAUUUCUGCUGCUGCAUCCGGUGAUACAGCGAGCUUCUCCUUCCUUACGCCACAUCUCAGUAUCAAAAAUACCUCUAACGGAUGGAUGGGAGCGAACGACAUGAUGUAAACCCAACAUAAAUAUCUAUUUUAUAAGCAGAAGUAACUUACAUGUAACUACACAUAGAUAUUAAACCUCUCUGACAACUCCUCUGCCCUGCAAAGCCACAACACAGAAGCUGCACAUUAGCUAAAUUUAAACCUAAAUCUGACGUCUUCUAUCAACAUCUGGCUGGUGAACUUUAGCUGCAGCUUAAUUUUAAUGCUCCGACAUGUUUUUAUUAUCACAGAAUAACGCGUCUGCUGCAUUCUAACAGAUGAAAAUAACCAACAAGAUCAAGAAGUGGUGCUAAAAGCGAACUAACCCAGCUUAGCAGAGCAGCAGAAAGAGCAGCUAGAUGGUUUUAUUUCAUCAAAUUACCUUUAAAACACAUUCAGGUGUUUAAAUUUGGGGUUUGUGUUUGUGCAGUUGAUGCUUGGUGGUUUUGCAGGGCCGCAUUAAGUUGAUUUAACGACAGAAUAUUUAAAUUCUCGGUUUGCAACCGGAGCUUAAAUCAAUAAUAAGAGACCGUUUGGUUUGUCAGCCAUAUUAGCAGCUGUGUGAGUCUGAAAAGUGUUUGUUGGUCCAAAACUAAACCAGAUGAAAUGACAGGAGGUGUGAAGUUUUUACUCAUUUAUCCUCCUGUAGCUGAUCAGCAUGGAUGGUUUAUGGAAGGAUCCAAUCUACUGACCGCAAAUACACUUAGAUCAACAACAAGAGACCGGAAAAUACGACAAAAACAACUAGAAAGAUGUGAAAAUGAACACAAAGCAAUGCAAAACAGCCACUAAGAGACAUACAGCAACUACAAAGAGAUGAAAAUGAACACAAAGAGACACAAAACAACUACAAAGAGAUGCAAACGGACUACAAAAAGACUUAAAAGGACCAAAGAGACACAAGACAACUACAAAGAGAUGCAAAUGUGCAAGAAUAAUACUUUACAUGACCAAAGACACACAAAACAAGUGUAAAGACAAGCUAAAGGAACACAAAGAGACACAAAAUCACCACAAAGUGACAAAAAAAACAACAAAGAGACAUAGAAAACCAUGAAAAAAAAUACGAAGAGACACUAUACACCUACAAAGACUGACAACAGAACUACAAAGAGAUGCAAAAAUAACCACAAUAUGAUGAAAACAAGCUACAGAGACAUAAAAUGACCAUUAAAAAACCCUAAAAAUGACCACGAAGAGACCAAAACAACGAUAAAGAGACACAAAAUGACCAUAAAGAGACAAAAAUCAACCACAAAAGACUUAAAAUCUUCAAAAAGAAGACCAAAACGGUACAAAAAGCAUCAAAAAUAAUGACAAAUAACUGCAAAGAUGUGGAAUAAUGACAAUAAAAUGGUAAAAAUAAAACAACUGCAAAGACAUAAAAUGACCCAAAAUCACCCCAAAGAGUCACAAAAACCACCAGAAACAUGAAUCCGCGGCGCUAACAUGGCUGACAAAGCAUUUGAUUCUUUAAGUUUCUAAAAUUGUGUUCUCCUGUUGUUGAAAUCUGAAAAAUUACGCUCUAGGACCUUAAAUUAAACAUUAAAUAAUAACCUUAUUAUUCAAUAAAAUUAACAUUUUAUGUGUGAAAAAGAAACUUGAGUAAAACCUGAUCUGUAUUUUGCAGCUAAAUUCUUGGAAACUUAAUUGAUAAUUUGUAAAAGUCAGUCGGUAUGUAGCUGUAGAUAUCAAGUUUAUUACCAAGUCAAGCUUCACUGCAACACUUUCUCCAUUUUCCUUUAAGUUAAAUCCAAACUGUGUUGACUUUUCUUGGAAUUACUGUCAAAUUUACAGCUAAAUACUUCCUGAUUUUUACGCUGUUGUACAGAAAGUUUCAAAUAAAUUAGCCUCAAUGAGUUUUUCUUUAGCCCAAAAGCGACUCUUUAGCCCACUUUGCAAACCUGUGACUGUCUGUGUGAGAGUUUAAUGACUGAAGUUAAACCUUAAGAAAGUAUUAAACAUUUAGAAAUGAAAUUCUGCAUGAAUUUAAAGCGGGAUCAGUAGCAGAGUGUAGCUGCCCAUGUAACAUUGGUAGGUUCUUACCUGCUUCUCCCUUCAUCCUCUGGACCAAAACGUUGAGUUCAAUCAGCAGAUUUUCAUGAGAUUUGCAUGAAGGUUUCAGGUUAAAGACGUUAUUAACAUCGAUUCCCCUGCAAGGCUUCGAAGGACGAAAAGAAACGAAACCGGACCUGCUUGUUUCUUUGCACAGACGAGGACAGAUUUAAAAAAAUAAAAGUAUAAAUGUGUAUUUUUAACCCCCAGACAUGACAAUCUGCUGUUGUUGACUGUGAAGGUGCCUCAUUUCUCCUUUUGCUGCUUUUACUUUUUCUUCCAAAACGACUACGAACCCUCCACUGGGUUCGUCGAGGCCCGAAGGACGCCGUGCAAUUCAGAGUGUGACGAUGGAGGAGGGCGGUUCACUGUGCAGUCUGUCGAUCUGUCCACUUUCAGCUUCCUCUGCAUCGACCGCUCGGAUCUGGAGAGCAGAAGUUAGCCUAGAGAUGCUAGUUACUUUAUAUCCCACAAGUUUAAUCUGCUUCUGCUGUUAGAAUCGAGAUGUUGAAGGUUCUACAGCUGUAAAAGUUAAAACACUGACUGUAAAAAUCAUCCAAAUCGUAUAAAGCAUCACAUUUAGCAUGAGCAUUAGCUACUUUAGCAAAAAAUAUGCUAGCCAUGCAUCAACAUGAACACUGAUUCAUGCAUUUUUGUAUGAAGCUGUUGAUGAUGGAGGUUCUACAGCUGCCGAAAUUUAAAUGGAGGCUUAAAAAAUUCAUCCAAAUUGUCGUAAAGCGUCAAAUUUAGCAUGUGCAGUAGCUACUUAAGACAACAAAUGUUAGCAAUGCACUUAUUCAAAAUGGCGGACAUCAUGCUUUUGAUUUUUUUUAAAGAUCUUUUAACUCCAUUUUUUGUGAAACUGUUGAUGAUGGAGAUUCUACAGUUGCCGAAAUUGAAAUAGAGACAAAAAGAAUCAUUCAAAUUGUCAAAAAACAUCACAUUUAGCAUGAGCAUUAGCCACUUUAAACAAAAAGUGUUAGCCAUGCAAAAAUACAAAAUGGUGUUUGGUGCUCAUGUUUUAGGAUUUUUUGAAAGAUCUUUUAACCUCAGUUUUUAUGAUUUUAACUUUUUAUGAAGCUAUUGAUGGUGAAGGUUCUGCAGCUGCAAAAUUUAAAAUAUUGACUGUAAAAGUCAUCCAAAUUGCUAUAAAGCAUUAAAUUUAGCAUGAGCAUUAGCCACUUUAGCAAAAUAAACAUUUGGAAUUUUUGAAUCUUUAAACUCAAAUUUUUAUGAAAUUAUCUUUGUUUCAUACAUUUUUUAAUGGAACUGUUGAUGAUAGAGAUUUUACAGCUGCCAAAAUUGAAGCAGAGACAAAAAAAUAUAUAAAAAUUGCCAUAAAGCAUUAAUUUGGCGUGAGCAUUGGCUACUUUAGCAAAAAAAAAAAAAAAGCUAGCCAUGUACAAAUUCAAAAUGGUGGGCAUCAUGUUUUUGGAUUUUUAGGAUAUUUUGUCUCCAGUUUUUAGGAAUUUAACUUAAUUUCAUACAAAUUUAAAAUUAAACUGUUGAUGAUGGAGGUUCUACAGCUGCCAAAGUUGGAAAAGAGACUAAAAAAAAUCAUCAAAAUUGUCAUAAAGCAUCAAAUUUGGCAUGUUUAUCAUGCAUAGGGAGACACUUCAGAAAAAAAGGGCAAAAGUAUGUUAAGAUGGCGGACACUGGCGUCAAAUAUUUAGAUUUAUAGAAAUAUCUACAUUUUUAUAAUAUUACUAUCUUUGUUUCAUACAUUUUUGUAUGAAACCCUCAGAACCCGACAGAGACGACGGAAUUUAACUGCUGCCGAAAUGAAAGUAGUGACCAAAAAAAUCAUAAAAGUAUUACAUUUUGCAUGUGCCUUAGUUAUAGGAGACCACUUUAGACAAUAACACUAGCCACGUGUAAGCUUUUCAAGAUUUCACACACCUUUUUACUUCACUUUUUGUGAUUUUAACUUGUUUCAUACAUUUUUGACACCUUACAAUUUAUUCUGGCAAACAGACUGUCGUAGUUCAAAACAAAAUAUUUCACUAAACUGGCUCCAUGUGUCAGAAAAACCUCCUCACUCAUUUAUCUCCAUGUGUUAUUGAUCCUGUCUUAAUGCUUCAUGCACAUAUCCCAUAAAACUGGACGGUAAAACUGAUUAGCCUUUGAUUAGCCUCUCAUGCGGCUGCGGUGAAAUUAGUAUCUAUUUGUAGUGAAAUGCAUUUCCUUGCAGUGAACACCAGGGGGCGCUGUCUGUGAAUUAUUACAUUAUUAUAAUAUAUAUUUUAUUAUGAUUUAAGCUAGCUGUUGUUCUUGAGAUCAGUCUUGUUUCAAGCAGCUUGAAAGCUAAACAGUCAGAGACUAGCCGGUUAACGUAGUUUAGCGUUUAGCGGCUUAAGAUCUAUGGAGUCAGAGUUGUGUCAAAAUGAUCAAAGAAAACGUCUUAAACGUCAAACAAAAAUAAGAAUUUAACAGAGAAAAAAACUCACUGAAACAAGAAAAAAUUUUAAUCUGAAAAGAAAAACUUGUGACUUGCUGACAAACUUGUAAACUACUGAUAUUUAUAUUUUGUUUACAGUAAAGAUCCAUCUGUGGAGUGGUGGUGGAGACCAAAACAGAGAUACAAACUAAUUUUUUUGCAACAAAAACAUCAGCUAAUGCAGCUUUAAGCUCCAACAUUUGAGCAUUUCGACUUUUUGGCUAACGAGAAGCUUAUCGACCAGAUUUGAGCAGUCGAUGGAAAUGAAGCACGACAUGUUUUGUGUUUGAAUCAGUGCCUAUUUUCUUUUUUAUUCAGUUCUCUGGUGUUGUGAUGAUGAUGAUGAUGAAGAUGAUGACGACGACGAACACCGUCCUCUGUAUUAAAUGUCCAGAUUUUUCUCCGAUCGCAGAACCAGAAGCAGAAACUCGUGUAGCUCGGCCGACUCGGUGCAUCUUGGACGGUUGCCCUGGAAACAUCGUUGCCGAGGAGUGGUGGAGGUUGUCGGUUUCCACGGCAACCCUCCGAGAUGCCCCGCGGUGAGCUGCUCCGGCGGAAAGUGUGUCCUUCCUCCGUGUUUCUGUGAGGACGGACUGUACAUACGUGAGCAGUGUCAGACAUCCUGUAUAGAAGCUGUAUGUUUGUAUAGAUUAUUAUUGUAUGCCGUCGGGUGUAACACCGCAUGAUAUCUAUGUUGUAAAAUGAAGACGAGACUGAUGGUCGCCGUUCUUGUCAAUAAAUCACGUUUACAACUGCA